CCUUUUAUUAUUACCCAAACACAAAAGCAUCAUUACAACAUUCAUCUUCUCAAGCAAAAAAGUAAAUAUUCACAGCCAUUUCCCAACAUCAAGAUCCUCACAAUCCCAAUUAAAAAAUCCACCACCCAAAAAGCUCAAUAAUAAAAAGGGGCACACCAAAAUCCCACUUCUCCCAGCCAAAAACAUGGCGAAUUUCGGGUCUCUGCGGCAGAGCUUCGUGGAGAGAGGGAAAGAGCGGCUGCUGUCGCGGAAGUACUACUCGGAGGUGGAAUCGGAGGGGUACUACGUGCGGCACGAGGGCUGCUUCCACUGGCUGUUCCGAGUGAUGGGAGAGAGCCUGUGGCGGUGGUGGAAGAGGCUCCGGGAGAUUGCGGUGAGCGCCUAUGAGAUGGGGAGAUCGGAUCCCAGGAAGGCCAUGUUUGCUGCUAAGAUGGGCUGCGCUUUGUCUCUGGUUUCGCUGCUCAUCUUUUUCAAGGAGCCCUCCACUUAUAUCACCAAGCAUUCCAUUUGGGCCAUUCUCACUGUUGUGGUUGUCUUUGAGUUCAGCAUAGGAGCUACGUUAAGCAAAGGGUUUAAUCGAGCGCUGGGGACCUUGUCGGCUGGUGCACUAUCUUUAGGGAUUGCAGAACUGGCAAAGCUUGCUGGAGAAUUUCAUGAAGUCGUGGUUGUCAUCAGUAUUUUUAUCGCAGGGUCCUUGUCUAGUUAUCUGAAGCUGCACCCGGCUGUGAAGCAGUACGAAUAUGGAUUCAGGGUGUUCAUGCUGACGUUCUGCAUCGUGCUGGUGUCUGAUUCUUCGGAGUUUCUUCAGACUGCUGUCUCGAGACUGGUGCUGAUCGCAGUUGGCGCUGGUGUCUGCUUAGUCAUGAAUGUCUGCAUUUUCCCCAUUUGGUCCGGUGAGGAUCUGCACAAGCUGGUCGUGAAGAACUUUAAAGGGGUCGCCACGUCUUUGGAAGGUUGUAUCAAUAUGUACUUGCAAUGUGUCGAGUACGAAAGAAUACCAUCGAAGAUCCUGAUCUACCAAGCUUCUGAUGAUCCUCUUUACAAGGGAUAUCGAACUGCAGUGGAGUCCACGAGCCAAGAGGAGACUCUGAUGAGCUUUGCUGUUUGGGAACCACCUCACGGCCGUUAUAGGAUGUUGAACUAUCCUUGGGGCGAAUAUGUGAAGGUCAGUGGCGCUCUGAGGCACUGUGCGUUCAUGGUGAUGGCCAUGCACGGGUGUAUUCUUUCAGAAAUACAGGCACCUUCUGAACUAAGGCAGGUUUUCAAGGAUGUAAUUCAGAGAGUCGGCACCGAAGGAGCCAAGGUUCUCAAAAUGCUUAGUGAAAAAGUCGAAAAGAUGGAGAAACUAGACACAGAGGACCCUCUUGCAGCUAUUCACGACGCUGCGGAGAAUCUGCAGAUGAUGAUCGACGAGAAAUCGUACCUUUUGGUGAAUGCUGAGAGCUGGAAGAGCGACAAACGCCCCGAGAAUCUCGACCCGGAAAAGAUACGCGAAAUGAAAGAGAAUGAAAACAAGCCAUUCUUGAUCAAGUCUCUCAGCUCAAUCAACCAACAGUCGACUCAGACACUGCGCAACUACGAUGCAUUUACUGCAAACCGAAGCAUCAACAACUUCUCCCAAUCCGAACUGGGUUCCGGAGAGGAUGUCCUUAAGCAGCAGACCAUGUGGCCUUCGCGCCUCUCUCUGAUCGGUGAUUCCAUCCUCAAUGAGCGCGAGGUCCGAACAUAUGAAAGUGCGAGUGCGUUGUCUCUCGCGAAUUUCACCUCUUUGUUGAUAGAGUUCGUUGCCAGGCUUCAGAACCUGGUUCACUCGUUCGAGGAACUCAGUGAGAAGGCUAAGUUCAGGGAGCCAGUUGAGAUGCCGGAAAUGCAAACGAGCACCAGUUUCUGCUCUAGAGUGCUCGGAUGCUUGUGCUGCUGCAGAGAGACUAACACAGUCCAAGCAGUUGUAUGAUGAUCAGGUGAUAUGGUUUUAUUUCAUUAACCAGAAACAUUCAGAUCAUCACUAAAUCAAUUUUGUGAAUUAUGGACAUAAAAGUUAUAACAAAAUGUAAUUUUUCACCCUUUUUUCAGAAACUUUUUAUUGAAUCAAGCAAUGAGAAUGGUAUCAGAUCA